AUGGCCCGAUUCAAAUUAUUGUUAACAAAAUUAGAUGAAAUACAAAAUCAUGAUGAUUUCCGAGUGGUUUGGUUUUCUUCGGAUAAUAAUUUUCCACAUGAAUUAGCACAUUUUGUUGAUUACUUAGAGAAAUAUGAGUCGUUUGAAACUUGUGAUAAUUAUGUAAAAGAAUUUCAAAGUGAACGUAUGAUUAUACUUGUUUUAAUCGAAUUAUUUGAAUAUUUAUCAUAUUUCAAUAGUCUUCUUCAAAUUCAAUCAAUUUAUAUUGUGCAAAGAAAUCUUCAAAAUAUGGAAUAUGAAAAACAAAAAUAUUCGAAAUUGGUUAAUAUUUUUACAGAUGAACGAACAUUAAUUGAACGAUUACGUCAUGAUAUUCUAUUAACAUAUAGACAUGAUUUACCAAUAACUAUUUCAUGUUUAGAUGAAAUUAAAACUGAACAGUCCUUAAUGAGUUUGAAUACACAUUCAUAUACACUUUUAUGGAAUCAAACAUUUAUGCAUCAUCUAGUUAACGAUCCUGAUAUAGAUAUGAAUAGAUUGAAAAAAAACAUGAUAGAACAAUGUCAACUAGAAUAUUCAAAUGAUCAAGUUGAAUUAAAUAAGAUUAAGGAGUUCGAUGAGAAGUGUACAUACGAUAAUGUAUUAUAUUGGUAUACAAAAGAUUCAUUUGUCUAUCGACUUGUAAAUAAAGCAUUUCGUAAGCGAAAUAUUGAUUUAAUUUGCAAAUUUCGAUAUGUUAUCAUACUUUUAUAUAAAAAACUAAAGGAAUUAUCAAUAAAACAACAAAAAGAAAAUUAUUCGACUGUUUAUCGAGGACAAAAGCUCGGUAGAAAUGAUUUGGAGAAAUUGCAGUCCAAUGUUGGACAUCUAAUAUCAAUAAACACACUUAUGUCAACAUCACGUGACGAAAAUAUUGCUCGUGGAUUUAUAUUUGGUGUUGAAGUUGGAGUUAUAUUUGAAAUUAACACUAUAAGUGCAAGUGAUAAUAUUCUUCAUCCAUUUGCUGAUAUUUCUCAGUUUAGCUUAAUACGAAGUGAAGGAGAAAUUUUAUUCUUUGCCGGUGCAGUUUUUCGUAUUAAUUCUGUACAGAAAGAAAAGGAUUUCACAUGGAUUAUUAAACUUACUCUAUGUAACGAAACAGUCGAACAGAUAGAACAAUUUAUGGAUGGUAUCAAAGAGCAAUUAGCUUCUAUAACAUGUUGGGAUCAUUUUGUUAUGAAAACAGAUGAUUUGAUUCUGUUUAAAAAAUAUUACAAAAUAUUAAUAGGAAAAAAAUUUUCAUGGAAAGAUAUAAUGACAAAUGUGACCGGUAUUCAUUUCUAUUAUCUAUUUAGUAUUUUCGGUGAUUAUGAAAAAGUUAUAGAAUACUACAGAGAACUUUUACACGAUGAAAAAUUUGUUGAUGAUCAACUACGUAUUCUUCUUAUUAUUUUAAUUGGUUAUAAUUAUUUUCAUGUUUUUGAAUUUGAUAAUGCUUUAUUUCACUAUGAUAUUGCAUUAUCAUCAUUAGAUGAUAAUCAUAUAUUAAGAGGUGAAAUUUAUAUUCAUAUUGGUGAUGUAUGGAGAACAAGAGAUAAUGUUGAAACUGCAUUAUCAUAUUAUAAAAAAGCAUUAGAAAUUGUUAUGAGUCGAGAUGUUGAUAAUCGUGAUGUGGCUAGACUAUGUAGAAAAAUAUUUGAUAUCUAUCUAGAACAAAAUAAUUAUGAAGAUGCCGUUAUUUAUCAGGAACAAGCAGAUACAAUUGAUGAAAAUUAUAGACAAAGAUCAGAGUUUGAUAUCGAAACAUCAUUGAAAUAUUUUCAAAAUCAAUUAGAUAAUCAAUCUGGUCAUUCACAAUUUCAACGUGCCAAUACAUUAUAUUCAAUGGGUCAAUGUUUUAUGAAGAAAAAUGACUAUUCUCAAGCAUUAAAACUGCUUUUACAAGCGAAAGAAUUGUUUGAAAAUCAUUUACCGUCACAUGAUGAGUUUGAAUAUAUAUUUUCUACACUCUUUCUGAAUAUUGCAUUGGUUUAUGCACUAUUAAAGGAUAAUUUUCAUGCAUUGAUUAUGUUGAAAAAAGCUAGUGAUAUAUUUAUGAUUUUUAAUACAGAUUAG